AUGUCACAGCAUUAUGGUGCAUCUGUAGCGCCUCUAUACUUGUCUACUACUUUUAAAGUUGAUCUAGAAAAUGAAAACAACCAAUAUGACUAUUCCAGGUCAGGUAACCCUACGAGAACGCUCCUGCAACAACAAGUUGCCAAACUAUAUGAUGAUAUCGAUCCAAACUUCGUUUUUGCUGUUUCCAGUGGUAUGACUGCUCUAGACGUUGUACUGAGGUCUUUUCUACCUUCUGAGACCAACAAUCACUGCAUUAUUGCAGGUGAUGACCUUUAUGGUGGUACUCAGAGACUACUAAACCUUCUGAAGAUUUCCAUAGAUACUAUGCAUUUUGAUCUCUCUCAUACAGAAAAUUUUAAAGCCAAAUUCUAUGACUUGGUCACUAUAAAGAAGACAAUUGUGGAUAUAAUAGUGCUUGAGUCGCCAACAAACCCACUUUGCAAAAUUAUAGACAUUCCUCAUUUGAUUAAAUUUAUCAGAAAGUACUCUCCAGAAACCCUAAUUGUGAUAGACAACACCAUGAUGAGUGGGCUAAAUUGCAAUCCAUUAAAAUUUGGUGCAGAUGUGGUUUAUGAAUCUGCAACCAAAUAUCUAAAUGGUCACCAUGAUAUUAUGGCCGGUGUGAUAAUAGCAAAGAAUAAGUUAUUGGCAGAAAAGAUAUACUUUCUGAUCAAUUCAACAGGUUCUGGGUUAAAUCCUAUGGAUUCAUGGUUAUUAAUUAGAGGUUUAAAGACAUUGUCAAUUAGGCUGCACAAACAACAAUUGAACGCCUUGGCCAUCAGUCACUGGUUGGAGGAAGGAUGUGGUUUCAAAACCCAUAAUAACAACAACAAUCUAAAGACAAGAUAUAUUGGUCUAAAAUCACAUCCAGAUUAUGAGUUGCAUAGAAGUUUCAACAAAGGCCCUGGUGCAGUUAUCAGUUUACAAACAGGCUCCAUACCAAUAUCAAAGAAAAUCGUUGCCUCAAAGCUACUGAAACUGUGGAAUGUCACUGUUUCAUUUGGCUGUGUAAACUCUUUGAUCUCCAUGCCAUGUUUAAUGUCCCAUGCAUCUAUUGACCCAGAACUGAGGAAAGAAAGACAGUUUCCAGAAGAUCUGAUUCGUCUUUGUUGUGGUAUUGAAGAUGUAAAGGCCUUACAAGAAGAUCUCUUAGGAGCAUUCGUGGAGGCAGGUGUGAUAACAAUUAAAAAGCAUGACGGAAGAACAUACUUGAUCAACAAUUUGAACGGUCACAUUGGUGAGCAUUUCAUCUACAGUGAAUUGGAACAUAAGAAUGUCUACGAUCAAUUCUUUAGUUACCAAAAUUAUAUUGAAAAAAACCUACUAGCAAAGCAAAGACUCUCAAAGCUUUGA